GGCUUGAGCCACCGCGCCCGGCCCCAUGUACCUAUUUUGAUCCUCAGAAGAGUCCCAGGGAAGCCAAUGACAUGACCACCCACACCCACUGCACGAACAGGCAAAAGCCCCUGCCCACGAGGGCCCUGUCUGCUUUCUGCCCAGCCCUGGGCCUGCUGAACAGCAGGUGCUAAAGAGCCUGCAGCUCUUGACUGAACCAAGGAUCUGGGCUCAUAGCCGGGAGCACCAGAGGAGGGGCCAGGGAGGUGGAGGAUGGGAGCAGGCUGGGAAGGGUGGGGGUGACACCGCGGGGCCUCUAGAACCCAGCCUGGUCACACUCUGCAGGCAGAUAGUGGCUCACCAGGAACCUGAGCCUCUCUGAAGACUCCUCUCUGUGUCAUCCACACCUGGUGUCCAGUUCCACAAACAUGCUCUGAGCCCCUGCUCCGUGCCAGGCACUGUGCUGGGCAGUGCUGGGGACACAGUGGUGACAGCCCAGCCCUGCCCAGCUGAGGCUCCCAGGUCAGUGGGGGAAAAAGACCCAGCCCCAGACAGCAAGAACCCAGGGCGGUCAGGGCUAGGACAGGGAAUCCAGGGGGUACAUGACCCAGCCUUGGAGUCCAGGAGGGCUUCCUGAAGGAGGGGGUUUGGGGAAGGCAGUGGAAUAGAGCAGAGGAAAGCAGGGAUAUUCUGGGUAGACAGCAAGUGAGACAGAAGAACUGAAGCAGAGGGUUCUCGGAAGCAAGGGGUGUUCUAUAUAGCUGGUCAGGUGGGCAGGGGUCAGGCUGGGCAGGGCCUCCUGGGCCACAGCAAGGCACCUGGGCUUCCUCCCAAGGGCACUGGGGAGCCACAGCAGGUUCUGUGCAGGGAGGGGCAGAGUCAGGUUUCUGUUUUAGAAAUAGCCUCUGUCUGCCAUGUGGAGGGGCAAUGGGAAGGGGUGAAACCAGGGCCAGAGACUAGAGAGGAGGUUAGUGGGGAGACAGGAGACCCAGGCAAGGCGGGGUGGUGGGUGGUCACCUACACCAGGGCGGGGGCUGCAGGCAGGGAGAGAAGAUAUACUUGGAGUCAGUUGCCAGAGGGAGUGGCGUCCUCGGGAAGUAGGGGAAGCAUCAGGGAUGAAGCCCCGGGUCUCUCUUCCCAGUGAUGAGGUGGGCAGUGGCACCUUCCCUGAUAAGGUGACCAGGAGAAGAAACACUUCUGGGGGAACACGCCAAGGUCAGUUUGGGACAAGGUGAGUGAGAGGUGCCCAGGGACAUGGGGGAGGCAUCCUGACUGAUACUGGGACGAGGUCCCAGGGCUCCGGGCCAGGAAGGAGAAGGGGGAGGUGAGGUCGCAGGUGGGGAGAGGGAGCAGGAGGCGCCAGGACAUCCUCCGAGCCUCUCACCUGGCCUCACCCUCGCCUCCUCUGGGCCUCCCCCCACCCCCGCUUGUCAGAGCCCUGCCCAGCGAGGUCAGCCCAGGACACGGUGCUGGAGGAACAAACGAGGACAGAAUCAUAAAUGAGGACUCAAUAAGGGCGUCUCCCCAGCCCCACUUUGGGUAAGUGCAGAGCCAGUGUCAAAACUCAGCUCUCUUUGGCCCCAAAGCCUCCAAAUACACCCAUUUGACAGAUGGGGGAAAACAAGGCCUGCGGAGAGGGAGAAAGAGAAUGUGAAUUUCCGACCACUUUGCAGGAAGCCAACAAGAAGCAGAGCCCUGAAGAAAGCAUGUGGCUGUACAGCUUCCUGCCCUUCUAUCUGGGUUUGCACACAGAGCAGGGCUCAAAUCCCCUCUCUCUGCAGGAACCUGGACAAGCAGGAGUCCCCACCUGGGGCGUCGGUUUCUCCAUCUGCAAAGGGGAGUCCUAAAGAUGCCCACUUUCCAGGGUUGUUUAUUUUGCCAUCCAUGGAAAUAACACCUGUAGGUCCCCUGCACGGGGUGGGGCCAGGAAAGGCGCAGUCACUUUUUACUGAUUUUAUUCCUUGGAGACUCCCAAGCUCUCCCAGGAGGCCAUGGGCCUGGGUGGUCGGUAAGAACUACCCAAAAAUCUUCCCCCGCUUCUCCUCCCUUCUCCUUGGUGACCUGGUUCUUCUCCCAGUACCAAAUCCCGGCCUUCAGCACAAAGAGGGUUAGGCGGCUGCCCCAGGAGGCCUGGCCAGGUCACGGCCUCUGCCUGGUACCUGCCACACCCACCCUGGUACCCAAACUGGGCCCCAGAUCCUUGGUGACUCGAUCCCUCCAAAUUCAGGUGAUCUCCCCUGGCUCCAAAUCACCAAACCCUCCCAGGUCCAGCGGCAGACGGAGCCGAGCCCCAACCAGGAAGGGAGUCUGAGCGCUGGGACUUCAACGCCACCAUCUCCAGGACUCUUUUUGGGGUGACAGAUGGCACUGACUGGGUACAGCUGGCUACUCCUCAGUGCCACAUUCCUGAGUGUGGGGGCCGAGAUCUCUAUCACCCUGGAGCCUGCCCAGCCGACCGAAGGGGACAACGUCACACUGGUCGUCCACGGGCUUUCCGGGGAACUGCUCGCCUACAACUGGUACGCGGGGCCCACGCUCAGCGUGUCGUACCUGCUGGCCAGCUACAUUGUGAGCACAGGCGAUGCGACACCUGGCCCCGUCUACACGGGGCGGGAGGCUGUGCGCCCCGACGGCAGCCUGGACAUCCAGGGCGUCCUGCCCGGGCACUCAGGCACCUACAUCCUGCAGACCUUCAACAGGCAGUUUCAGACCGAGGUGGGCUACGGACACGUGCAGGUCUAUGAGAUCUUGGCCCAGCCCACAGUCUUGGCCAACAGCACAGCACUGGUGGAACGUCGAGACACCCUGCGUUUGACAUGCAGCAGCCCUAGCCCCACCGCCGAGGUCCGCUGGUUCUUCAACGGUGGAGCCCUGCCCGUCGCUCUCCGCCUGGGACUGUCCCCCGAUGGGAGGACGAUAAGCAGGCAUGGCAUCCGCCGGGAGGAGGCCGGCGCCUAUCAGUGUGAGGUGUGGAACGCGGUCAGUGUCAGCCGCAGCAAGCCCAUCAACCUGACGGUGUACUUUGGCCCAGAACGUGUGGCCAUCCUCCAGGAUUCCACCACCCGCACAGGCUGCACCAUCAAAGUUGACUUCAACACGUCCCUCACCCUGUGGUGCGUGUCCAGGUCCUGCCCAGAGCCCGAGUAUGUGUGGGCCUUCAACGGGCAGGCCCUAAGGAACGGCCAAGACCACCUCAACAUCAGCAGCAUGACCGCUGCCCAGGAGGGGACGUACACAUGUAUUGUGAAGAACACCAAGACCCUGCUCUCUGGAUCUGCCUCAGUGGUGGUCAAGCUCUCCGCUGCAGCAGUUGCCAUGAUGAUCGUGCCCGUGCCCACCAAGCCGAUGGAGGGCCAGGAUGUGACGCUGACCGUGCAGGGCUACCCCAAGGACCUGCUGGUCUAUGCCUGGUACCGCGGGCCUGUCUCUGAGCCCAACCGGCUGCUCAGCCAGCUGCCUUCAGGGACCUGGAUUGCAGGCCCCGCACAUACAGGCCGGGAGGUGGGCUUCCCCAACUGCUCGCUGUUGGUGCAGAAGCUGAACCUCACAGACGCUGGCCGCUACACACUCAAGACCGUCACGCUGCAGGGCAAGACUGAGACACUGGAUGUGGAGCUGCAGGUGACCCGUGAGUAUGCAGGAAGGGGAAGGGCAUGCCCCUUGUUAGAUGGGGGGUGGGGGUUUCCAAAAGGAGUCUGCUUCCUACAUCAAGCUGGGAGACAUAGACCAAAGAUGGAUAUGCCUCCCCCAUCAGACUGAAGGAAGCCUUGUCUCCUCCAUCUGACUUGGGGGGUCCCCAAAUAGGGCUCUGCUUCUUCUAUCAAACUAAUGACCUACACUGUGGGUAGACAGGCCUCUUCCAUCAGACUAGGGGUUGCUAAAGGGGACCCCUCCAUGCCUUCUCUCUCGAAUAAGAGGUACAGCAGACUGAAGGUUUUAAAAGAGAAGGCAUAGUCUGAUGGCAGAGCCUCCUUUUUCCUGCAGUCAGGUAGACACUGAAACAUAGGAGAUAUUACCUCUUUCACCAUAUUGGGGAAAUGGGUUAAUGAAGGAAGUUUACCUCUCCUAUCAGACUGCAGGCAUAGAGUAAGGAUGAAUCAGACCUUCUAUUCAGACUGGAAGAUCCUGCGCAAAAGGGAUCAUGUCUCCUCCUUUGUAUUAUUGCGAGGGCAAAGUUCCUACCAUCAGAUGGUGGAGUUUCUCUUUCAAACUGAAAUAAGGAUGGUCUGCUCCAUUAGGAUGGAGGCUUCUAGGUGUGGAAGUUGUGUCUCCUCCAUCAGAUAGGGAGUUCCCAGAUGUUGGGGACCAUGUCUCCCCAUCAGACUGGGAGCUCCAGGAGUGAGGGUCUAUGUCUCCUCCAUCAGACUGGGAGCUCCCAGAGUCAGAGUCCAUGUCUCCCCCAUCAGACUGGGAGCUCCUGGAGUCAGGGUCCCUGUCUCCUCCAUGAGACUGGGAGCUCCCAGAGGCAGGGACCAUGUCUCCUCCAUCAGACUGGGAGCUCCUAGAAUCAGGGACCAUGUCUCCUCCAUCAGACUGGAAUCUCCUAGAAUCAGGGACCAUGUCUUCUCCAUCAGACUGGGAGCUCUUAGUCAGGGUCCCUGUCUCCUCCAUCAGACUGGGAGCUCCCAGAGUCAGGGACCAUGUCUCCUCCAUCAGACGGGGAGCUCCCAGACUCAGGGACCAUGUCUCCUCCAUCAGACUGGGAGUUCCCAGAGUCAGGAUCCAUGUCUCUUCCAUCAGACUGGGAGUUCCCAGAGUCAGGAUCCAUGUCUCCUCCAUCAGACUGGGAGCUCCCAGACUCAGGGACCAUGUCGCCUCCAUCAGACCGGGAGCUCCCAGACUCAGGGACCAUGUCGCCUCCAUCAGACCGGGAGCUCCCAGACUCAGGGACCAUGUCUCCUCCAUCAGACUGAGCAUCCCCAGGGAUUUGUGAGUCCAUGUUUCUAUAGCAGAGCCAGGUUUCCCCCAUUAGCUCUCAGACACUUGGGGAUGAGAUCCUUCCCCAAGUCUGGCAUCAGACUGAGCACUCUCACUCUGAAGCCAAGUCCCUGAGUCCAGGAUGGUGCCUUCUCUGUCACUGGAAACUUCCAGGAUCAAGGACUCAGCCACUGCCAGACACCCACUUUCAUCCAUUCACUGAUGAAACCCUGGUUUCCUGGAUGAGUGUUAGGGGAGAAUGCUGUUCAGUGGCAGCAGGCCACCCCGACAAAGCCUGGGAUUCCUUUUCACCCAUUCUCUCUUCUCACAGUCAACCUCCCUCCCUCGCACAAGGACCAACGCUACCUUCCUGAACCUGAACCUGGCACAGGCUGAGCGUGGGGCGGAACCGGCCACUGGGUGGCCCAGCCUGGGCAGGGGAGCAGAAGGGGUGGGGGCACUGGGGACCUGGUCCUCCACCUCCCUGAUGGCCUCCUUUGCCCCCUCUCCCCAUCUGCCCCCACAGCCCUGGGGUAGCAGCGUGACCCUGGAGACGUCCAGAGAGAAGAGCUUUUCACGUCAUCCUCUCGUCCUCACCCCCUGAGUGGAGACCCCUCCCCGCCAGUGAGGAUGCCGGGUUGUGGUCCUGCUGUUCUCCUGCUUCCACCCUAGAACUAGAGCCACGGGGCCCCACUCCCUCGCUGAGCUUUUGGGGAGCCACGAAGUCCAUAAACGUCCUGGUUAAUGCACAUGUGUGUCAGCCUCUCCUUCCACCACUGCUAGCCCCCGCCAUUUCCCGGUUGCCACAGUCACUUCCUUUCCUGCUUAAGACGUUUCUCAGUCUGGGUGUGCAGGUGCAAGAGGAUGAGCCCAGA